AUGUCUAACGUGGCACCCUCUGCCUUGAGACAGGCGUCUCGGGUUUACGCACGACGCCUGUCGUCGUCCAACAGCCUCCUGAGGCAUUCGCCGCCCUUGCGGGUUCUGGCUGGACCCGGUCGGUCGACUGCCUCCAAGCGCUGCUAUGUCUCUGAAACGAAGCCUGGUAGCGCUCAGGUUAACGUCGACGCUGCCAUCAAAGCCGAGCAGAAGGCUUUCGUGAACCAGACGGGCGUGCAGCCGAAGGAUGUUCCGCUGCCGGGCUCUGCCGUAGCGGGUGAUGCCUCGAUGAGCCCAUCAGCUGGUAUCCUGAAGCACGCCACUAUCAUGGAUGAGGGCACUCGUCCCAUCUACCUCGACAUGCAGGCAACCACGCCUCUGGACCCUCGCGUCCUCGAUGCGAUGCUUCCCUUCCUUACGGGCCUUUACGGCAACCCUCACUCCCGCACACAUGCCUACGGUUGGGAGACGGAAAAGGCCGUUGAGGAGGCGCGAUCGCACGUCGCCAGUCUCAUUGGGGCCGAUCCCAAGGAGAUCAUCUUCACAAGUGGAGCCACCGAGAGUAACAACAUGAGCAUCAAGGGUGUUGCUCGAUUCUUCGGUCGCUCCGGCAAGAAGAAGCACAUCAUCACUUCCCAGACAGAGCACAAGUGUGUUCUCGAUAGCUGCCGACAUCUUCAGGACGAGGGAUUCGAUGUCACAUACCUUCCCGUGCAGAGCAAUGGACUGAUUAAGAUGGAAGACCUCGAGGCCGCCAUUCGUCCGGAUACGGCGUUGGUCAGCAUCAUGACGGUCAACAACGAGAUUGGUGUCAUCCAGCCGGUCGAGGAAAUCGGUAAACUCUGUCGUUCCAAGAAGAUCUUCUUCCACACGGAUGGCGCUCAAGCGGUUGGAAAGAUCCCGAUUGAUGUCAACAAGUGGAACGUGGACCUGAUGUCCAUCUCCGGCCACAAGAUCUACGGUCCCAAGGGUAUCGGAGCCUGCUAUGUUCGCCGUAGGCCCAGAGUCCGUCUUGACCCCAUCAUCACCGGUGGUGGUCAGGAGAGAGGUCUGCGCAGCGGUACUCUCGCGCCUCAUGAGGUGGUUGGUUUUGGCGAAGCCUGUCGCAUCGCCAAGGAGGAUAUGGAGUAUGACACCAAGCACGUCCAACGCUUGUCGAAGCGUCUGCUGGACGGUCUUCUCUCCAUGGAACACACUUCGUUGAACGGUGAUCCCGACAGACACUACCCGGGUUGCGUCAACGUCUCCUUCGCCUACAUCGAGGGCGAGUCCCUGCUGAUGGCGUUGAAGGAUAUUGCGCUGUCGUCGGGCAGUGCCUGCACAUCGGCCUCCCUGGAGCCCAGUUACGUGCUGCGGGCGCUGGGCAGCAGUGACGAGAGUGCUCACAGCAGUAUCCGCUUUGGCAUUGGCCGAUUCACGACGGAGUCAGAGAUUGACUACGUGCUGCAGGCCGUUCGGGACCGAGUGCACUUCCUUCGUGAGCUGAGCCCACUGUGGGAGCUGGUCCAGGAGGGUAUCGACCUGAACACCAUCCAGUGGAGUGCGCACUAA